AGGGAAACGAAACAAAAGACUUCACUUCAGAAGGCAAUCAUAAUGAAGAUGCCGCAGAUAUCGCGUACCGGCCACCUGGAAUGACUUGUUCUUGUGGAUUCGUAGUCGAGUCGUGACUUGAAGCUAGGGUUUACUAGUAUCGGGAACUAACUUCACGCUUUGUAACUCAAGUGGACUCAGUCGGUGACUGUCUAAAUUUGUCUUGAUUUGUUGUGAAAGGAGUGGAUAAAAUUGCCCUCGCUGAGGGAGACAGUCCCAAGUAAUGAUCUCUUUUCAAUUAUGACUGGUGGAGAAUCUGUCCAGCUGGAGCUGGAGGAGUUUUCUGGGUCUGGCGUAAGCAGUAGUAACGCUAAGCUACCUUCUCCAACCAAGCCCCAGCAGCCAGCCAAUGGGAAUGUUCAGCAGCCAUUGCUGGAAGCUGUUGACUCCGAUGUCGAGUCUGAUAUUGAGAAUGGCGGUGCGGGCAGUGAAUCCCUGGCGAGAGAAGUGCCCAAUGAGGCCUCUGUUGCUAACACGGCUGCACAGGUGUUUUUUCCUUACAUGAUGUCAGGGUUUGGAACGGUGGGAGCUGGCCUUCUGCUCGAUCAUUCCCAGCACUUCCCUGUUUUUUUAGAAAUACCAGAGUUGUUUAUUCUCGUGCCUGCCCUGCUUGGUCUGAAAGGAAACCUUGAAAUGACGCUGGCGUCCCGUCUUUCCACACAGGCGAAUCUGGGCAGUAUGGAUGAUAGGAAGACAGCAUUAAAGCUAUGCUUCGGUAAUUUAGCUCUUGCACAGACACAGGCAUUGGUUGUAGCGUUGAUUGCAGCCAUUGUGGCAAUAGUACUGGGUGCACAGGAUAUGGGUGGCCCAGCUGGUCAUGCUCACCCGGUCAGUCAUUGGCGGCACGCUUCGCUGAUGAUCGGCGCUUCUCUCUUCACAGCAUCCCUGGCUAGUCUCAUCCUGGGCUGUGUGAUGUGUCUAGUGGUGUACGGCUCUCAUCGAUUAAAAAUUGAUCCGGAUAACGUUGCGACUCCGAUAGCGGCCAGCCUGGGUGAUAUCACGACGCUGGCACUGCUGGUUGGUGUGUCCGAUUUCAUGUACGAUCAUCUCUAUAGCAGGCCCUGGGUAGGUGUAGUUCUGGCAAUAGUAUUCUUGCUGACUAUACCCCUCUGGUGGACGAUAGCACGGCGCAAUGAGUUCACAUGUGAUGUACUACACUCGGGAUGGUGGCCAGUGCUAAUGGCUAUGGUUAUCAGCAGUGGCGGUGGAUUCAUUUUGGACAAGGCCGUCACCCGGUAUCAAGGCAUUGCUGUGUUUGCACCUGUGAUAUGUGGUGUGGGUGGUAAUCUGGUUGCCAUCCAGGCUAGUCGCCUGUCCACUGGUCUGCAUCAACGAUUUUCUACCGGUGAUCAGCGAGCUGUGCCGGAGAAUGGCAGUUGCUGCGGGACGUUCCGGGGCUCUGGUGGAUCGGCCAGCACGGCCCGUCUUCUGCUGUUCCUUACUAUCCCCGGCCAUUUUGUGUUCUUGCUGACCAUCCGGGCUGUUGAGCAGGGCGGCAGUCACACCAGUAUCACACCAUACUUUGCUGUUGGCUACUUCGUUGCAGCCUUCCUGCAGGUGCUACUGUUGCUGAUCGUGUCCAACUGGCUGGUACAUUGGCUGUGGAGGCGAGGAACGGACCCAGACAACAGCGCCAUACCGUACUUGACAGCACUGGGUGACCUUGUUGGCACAGCCUUGCUGGCCGUGGCUUUCAUCACCUUGAACAAAUAUGGCGACGGAGAUGCUGAUGUAGGAGAUUGAUCACAUUUCACGGAAAAUAAUUUAUUUAAUUAUUUCAAGCUCGAAACUGAUUUAUAAUGCAGUUGUUUCAGGUCUGUUCCCAUUCUCUUUUUUAUGCUUGAGUAUACUCCAUAUAGUACAGGUCUACUUUAAAUUUCAAGUCUUUUCCCAUUCUCUCUUUUUUAUGCUUGAGUAAAGUUAGGUCUAUGUUUGUUAGUCGACACCCCCGGGGGGGGGGGGGGGGGUUCAACAAUUAUUAUUAUUAUAUACUAUCUUGAAUCAGGGGAUUUUUGAUGGUUGUCUUGUCUUCUAACCGAUACUGUAUUCCUUCUCUUCCUGUAAAUAUUUAGGCAUCCUACAUACAGAAAUUGAACAUGAAAAUGAGUCGAUAUGUGAA